GAAAUGGCCACACGAACAUCCUCAGAGGAUACGGAUCGUACACUGUGGAUGGGCGAUUUGAGCAGUGACUGGGAUGCGGCAUAUAUCACGGAAGCAUUCGCGAAGAUGGGUGAAGAGGUGACAAAUGUGAAAAUUGUGUUAGAUAAAUACACAUCAAAGGUUUGCGUUUGUUGA